UUCGGUCUGUGGGUAGAACACCUGUGUAGUACGCGCGCACCUUCGUUUUGGUGGUUGGGGUUUGUUUCGCUUGUUUGGAUGGCUGGAAACGGCAGGCUACAGCCCGCGAAGCCGACACUCCUCUCGUCAUUCGUUCGUGGUCAGCGCUAGAGUUACCAUCGCGGUUGGAACAACUCCCAGUGCCCGUUUGUUUGUAUACUGUGCGUGCUGCUUUCGUCGCGUGAUCGCGAGUGUUUACUUUCGUCAACUGCUCCCGGAGGAUGAUACGAUGGUGACUGUCACCAAACGUUAGGAGUUGACGAUCGUGCAGCUUGUUUUGUGGUUGAAGUGAUUUUUUCCCGGCUUGUCACACGUCGCGUGUGAGAUAUGAUAAUUCAGAGAUUUUUGGUGGAGGCGGUUGAUGGCGUGUGGUUAUUGACGAGAUUUGCAUAAAUUCCUAUUUGAAAUCGAUACUUUGCGCGUUUGAAUAAAACAUCACGGGAAAUGCAAAUCACAAGAUUGGUGGAGCUUCAGUGACGGUCAACCGGGUGAAAGAGUGAGAAAUGCAUCAGCAGAAAGUAAAAGUGAUCGACCAGUGAGGAGUGUUGGCUAAUCGAUUGAGUCAACGACGAUCAGAUCAGAGAUUGAAAAAUGUGAAAUUUUCGACGGCGCCUUGCCUGUGUAGUUUCUACGAGGAAUGAGUGUUCCCGACGGAUCGGAACCGAUACGAUCAAAGUGAUUUGUCUUCGCCAGGGAUGGUAACAGUUUUGACAGAAUGUUUUGUAUGGUGAUUGCUUGAGUGAAGAUUUUCGUUCGAACAGAGCCGGUGUCAAUAAGUCAACAUCAGCGCAAGUGUUGACAUUUUUUUGUCUGUACAUAAACUGACUUGAAACUGCGGUGAAUAAGACUUUUAUGUACAGCAUCAGCCGUUUUAUUGUAUUUUUUAUUGCAACGCAUUGGAUUUCGGAGACGUGCGGUGUUUUAUCCAGUGGCGAACAGCAGUAGGCGCCUUUUGUCGGUUGGAUUGCUUUGAAAGGGCAAACCGCGUACCGCCUACUUUGCAACAGUCAAGUGUAGUUACUUUGUCGGUGAAAAAGUGAAAGAUCAACGGCCGUCACGAUGUGCAGCAAAAACAACUUCGAAGUUUUGAUGGAGAAAAUCAAUACGGGUAUCCCCACGUGCCCGAUCAAUUUGUCCACACUACGCACCCGGUUGCCAGACAUUGGCAACUGGAAUCUGCCUCACAUAUGCAAAGAAGCCGUCACCAGCAACAAUAACAACAACACCAACACCACCAACAACAACGGCUGCAGUGUCGCCACCAUCGUCGGCGCGGACGGAACGACCACCAUCGGCAGUAACUACAGCAACAAUCUCACGACGGCUGCGGCGGACUCCUUCUACCAGCCCCAAUCGCUGGGCGCCCUGUCCACAGUGACGGCCUCCACGACCGUCACCAGCUGCGGCGGGGGCACCUCACCCGGCGCGACGACAACGCAGCAACCAUUGCCGCAGCGCUACUUCAACCAGGUUGCUCUGCACCAGCAGCAACACCAACAGCACCAGACCAGUCUGCACAAGUUCUACAAGGCCCACAAAAAGAUGCCCGGAUUUCGCGGCCGGAGAGGCUGGUGCGGGUGUUUGCAGGAUGAUGAACCUCCCGAAAUUUGCGUCGUGGAGGGAGUAUUCUCCCUCCAAACUCUCACACCCACCCAGCCAAUGCCGGCGGUCGAUGAACUGGACAGUAAGUUCGCCGAGCUCGUCGAGGAACUCGAUCUCACCGCACCGAACAAGGCAGCGAUGCUUAGUUUACCACCGCAGAAGAAAUGGCAAAUCUACUGCUCCCGCAAAAGCCCUCUAGAUGCGACCGACCCCAACGGGGCUCCCCUACCCGGGGUCAACAUCCCACCCACGCCGGAGCACUACAUCGAACGGCUGAAGGACAUGGCCGUGCAGCUCAAGGCUUCCUCCGCGGACGAGUCACCCUCGCACGAGUACAGCCCCAAGAUCGAGUCACACACGGCCCUGUUCGAUGCGCUGAAGACGGCCCUGCGCACCUCGGCGCACAGCUUCGUCAUUCGGUUCAUCGAGCUGCAGGGACUGCCGGCGCUGCUGGAACUGCUCCAAGCGUUGGAUAUCCGGGUGGCGAACAGUCCCCUGCACACCAGUCUCAUCGGUUGCAUCAAGGCGUUGAUGAACAAUUCGACCGGCCGGUCUCACGUGUUAGCCCACCCUACCGGUAUCGACACGAUCGCGCGCUCUCUAGCAGCAGACAACAUCAAAACCAAGAUCGCAGCCCUGGAAAUUCUCGGUGCCGUCUGUUUGGUUCCCGGAGGUCACAAGAAGAUCCUCACGGCUAUGCUCAACUACCAGGAGUACGCCGCAGAGCGGGUUCGCUUCCAGGGAAUCGUCAACGAUCUGGACAAAUCCACCGGAGCCUACAGGGAUGAUGUCAAUCUGAAAACGGCAAUCAUGUCAUUCAUCAACGCUGUGCUGAACUACGGGCCUGGACAGGAGAAUCUGGAGUUUAGGUUGCACCUUCGGUACGAGUUUCUGAUGCUUGGAAUUCAGCCCGUCAUCGAUAAGCUCCGGAAGCACGAGAACGAAACUUUAAAUCGGCAUCUGGACUUUUUCGAAAUGGUCCGAAACGAGGAUGAGAAAGAACUGGCGAGGAAGUUUAACCACGAGCACGUAGACACGAAAAGCGCCACCGCGAUGUUUGACCUCCUUAGGCGGAAGCUGAGCCAUUCAACGGCCUAUCCGCACCUCGUGAGCCUCAUGCAGCACAUGCUACUCCUCCCGCACACCGGGCCCAACGCCCAACACUGGUUGAUAUUCGAUCGUGUGGUUCAGCAGAUCGUUCUUCAACAGGAAGAACGCCCCUCCAGUGAAAUCGAUCCUGACAACCAGGACAAAAUCUCCGAAUCUUCCAUAAAACUGCAAGAUCCGGACAUCGCUCCUCUUCAGAUCGAUGUUAAGAAAAUAGUCAAACUCUUAGUCAAGGAAGAAGAACUGGUGGCCGCCCGGUCGCGAGCCGAAGACCUCGAACGAGAAAAUUCCGAAAUCAACGGCAAACUGGCGAAAAAGGAACAGGAACUGGAUCUGCGAACCCAGGAAAAGGAAGACCUCGAAACCUCGCUGGCCCGUAUGCGAGAGCGACUGGAAAAGGAAAGUGCCAACCACUCACAAGCAGUACAGCGGGCUAUGAAUGCCGAAAUACGAGUCGAAGAUCUCCAGCAUCGGUACGUCAGUGAACAGCAAGAAAGGAUACGUCUCGAACGACUAGUCACCGAGGGAAGCAUCCCAGACGAUCAGAAGGUCGCAGGACUACAGGGAUGUAACGGUCAAGUCUCUCCUCCACCUCCCCCACCACCGUGCAAACUUCCACCUCCGCCACCACCAAUGAUGGCUGCCCCGCCUCCACCACCAGUUCCCGGUGGCUUACCUAAGAUCUCCAACUUGAAUGUGGCCAAUCAACCUGCACCACCGAGACCGGAAGCCCCCAAGAAGAACGUUCCACAACCAGCCAACCCACUCAAGAGCUUCAACUGGUCCAAAUUGCCAGACAGCAAGCUUCAGGGAACGGUUUGGAGUGAAUUAGAUGACACCAAGUGGUACAACAGCAUCGAACUCGAGUCCAUCGAUAAGCUCUUCUCCGCCUAUCAGAAGAACGGCGUUGCGUAUACGUUUCCAUUCCAGAACGACGGUUCGAUCGAGGAUCUUCGCUUGAUCGGAAAGAACAAGACGAAAAUCCUAUCGGUGAUCGACGGUCGACGAGCGCAGAACUGCACGAUCCUGUUGAGCAAACUGAAGAUGACCGACGAGGAAAUUUCCAAAGCUAUACUGUCAAUGGACUCUAACGAGCAGUUGCCGAUCGAUAUGGUCGAACAAUUGCUAAAGUUUACUCCAUCGGCCGAAGAACGAGCCCUGCUGGAUGAACAUUCCGAAGAUAUUGAUUCGCUUGCCCGUGCUGACCGAUUCCUCUACGAAAUUUCCAAAAUACCUCAUUACGAGCAACGUCUCCGAAGUUUGCACUACAAGAAACGCUUCCAGGUGACGGUGAACGAUCUUUCGCCGCGAAUUGCCAGCGUCAUGGAGGCAUCCCGCGAGGUUGCCCGUUCCCGGCGGUUGCGCAAACUGCUGGAACUGGUCCUGGCGCUCGGAAACUACAUGAACCGCGGUGCCCGUGGUAACGCUUCCGGAUUCCGGUUGGCCUCGCUAAACCGGCUGGCCGAUACGAAGAGCAGCGCCGCGAAGGGAACGACCCUGCUGCACUAUCUGGUGCAGAUAAUCGAGAAGAAGUUCAAGGACAUUCUGUUCCUGGAGGAAGAUCUACCGCACGUGAAGGAAGCCUCCAAGGUUUCGCUGGGCGAGAUGGACAAGGACAUCACCAUGCUGCGGGCUGGACUGACCGAAGUUAACAGGGAGAUUGAGUUCCACCGAAGUAGCGGAGUACCGCAACCGGGCGACCGGUUCCUCCCAGUGAUGAGGGAAUUCCACGCGCAGGCCUCGGUGCGAUUUGCCGAGUUGGAGGAUCAGUUCCAGGAUAUGAAGACGAGAUUUGAUCGAGCGGUGCGUUUGUUCGGUGAAGAUGGAGCCGUGGUGCAACCGGACGAGUUUUUCGGUAUCUUCGACGGGUUCUUGUCGGCCCUGAUUGAAGCCAAGCAGGACAACGAGAACUUCCGGCGGCGACAGGAGGAAGAAGAGAAACGAGCAAGGCAGGAGGCUGAGCUAAAAAAGCGCACCAUCGAGCGCAAAUCGAAGGAGGGCCUACUGAACUCGGUGGCCAAAAACUUGGGCCUAAAAUCGUCCAAGAGUUCGAACGGUUCGGCCAACGGUGGCAGCCCGGUAGCCGGCGGCGAUCCCAACAACAAAGGUGAGUUCGAUGAUUUGAUUUCAGCCCUCCGGACGGGAGACGUGUUCGGCGAGGACAUGGCCAAGUUCAAGCGGUCGCGUAAAACCCGACUGGGACCGGCCACCAACGGAGGAAACAACACCUCCCCACCGCGCAGCCGGAACAGCAUCGGGCGGGAGGACAGCCGGGAACGACCAGUCGUCACCAAUCGGCGGCAGUAAGAAGGGACGUAAAUGUUUCGGUAAGGGGGGAGCUGUCACCUUACGAAGGUGUUAACAAAUUGUGGACGUACUUUUAGAAAGCAGUUUAUAUUUUUUUCAUUUCGCGGAUAUUUUUGUUUGUUAUAUCGUGUAUAAUUGUAAACGAAGAAAGAGACCAAAAAUUUGCGAGUAAAGCUCAAAGAAAAUUUGAAAAAUCGUCAGAUGAUAAAUAUGUAAUAGAUGUAUAUUUAAAUAGAAAAACAGUCAGCUUAGUAGUAUCAAAAACGUUCUGGUUAUUCCAUAAUGAAAAUAGAGACUGUUUCAAACGAUUUGGAAUAAAAUGGGCAAAAAGAAGUAUGAUAGGUAAAUGUUAAAAUAAACGAUUUUUGAGAAUGUUUUACAAGCAACUUUAUCGAUUGAUAAAAACAACAAAAAUAAGAUAAACGAAAAUAUACACACCCAGGCGGUUGACGCCGAUCGAUUUUUAAAGUAACUAAAUAAAUAAAAGAAGACGGUUUACUUUACAGAAUGUUAUUAAAUCACAUGGAAAUGUUUCAUCACUGUUCAGAUCAUUAUCCUGGAUGUCAUUUUUCAAGAAGAGGCGAAGAAUUCGUUGACUCAAUGCACCUGGUCUUUUAGGAAAGGUUUUAGAAACAAGCUUAUUAUAAUCGUUUUAGUUACCAGUUUCCCUUUUGCUCGAAACCCACGCAACCAUAAUGCUUCCGUAUCUCAUAGUAUUAUUGCUUUUUUUGCACACCCGAGGAACAUCAAGCUCAACCACGCAAGGUGAUCCUCAGGCACAAUCAUUUAAUUUUAAUCUAUUCAACUGUAUAAAUGUAUGUUCUUCUCUAAAUCUCUAUUUUGGUGACAACGCUCAUAAAAAAAUUAGAGCAUUUCCUGUACUAAAAAGUAUUUAUUUCAAAGCUUUCUUGUUACCCUAUAGAAGUAUUCUUUCUAGUGACGUUAUAUGCAUAUCUUCCCUGGUUUUCUCCUUCAUAAGCAGUUGAAAAUCACGCUAAAAUUCUUCAAGCAAUCUGUUAGGCUUUUCUGAGUUUGGGAUUUUCUGUAUAUACGCUAGAAAUUCGUAAUCGAUAAUCGAUAAGAAACUUAACAGGAGAAUCGCAACAGCUGUAAGGUGUUACUUGUAUAAUAAGGCAGCCCUUUGAAAUGUUCAGAGCUGUGUUAUGUUUCCCUCUGUUUUAACAAGAAAUAUUUAAAAACAAAUCAGAAACGACCGAGUAGCUUAGCGAAUUUAUACAAAAAUGCAGAAGUUAUACUCAGAUAAGUGAAAUGGUUUUAAAUAAGAUAAUUUCCUCCCCUUCCGCUGUGCUCAAUCCUCUUUCACUCUCAUAAUACAGAUAAACAAAUUUAAGCAAGGUCUUAGCGAUUACCUUCCGCACACAUUUAUCAAAUAUAAUAAUCACACCGAAAUGAGAUUAGUCGAUUCUGCCGUUAGAUGGAUGUUGCUUAACUACAAACAAUAGAACAAUAGUUCAACUUCUUCCAUUUUGCAACCACCUCUCCCAUCAUUCACUCAUCAAACAUGCACAGAGAAACGUAGCACACAAAAUGCCAACCAUCGAGUUAGGUGGAAUCAGAUGAGCCUCAUCAUUGCAUUGGAUAUUUUACCGACGAAUGUCUUUCUAUUUGCACAUGAGAACAGCUACGCAAUAGAGCGCAGCUAGACAAAAAUAAGAACAUAUACAUGCAAUGAUUGGUAUUCUGAGAAGAAAAAAAACAAGUCAAAUAAUAAGAAAGAUAAAACAGUCAAAAAAUCACAGGAAUAAAGAAUAUCGAAUAAUAUGA